UCACAACUCCAAAACAUUUAAGGUCAUUUCUUCUUUUGUAAUCUCACCACCACAAGUAAGAAUGAUCAGUACUAAGAAGCUCUUCAGAUUGGCAAGAAAAUGGCAGAAGUUUGUGGCGAUAAGGAGAAAAAGAGUUUCUUUUCCGACAAGCAAAGAUGUUUUAGAUGUGGAGAGUUGCUGCACAUCAUCAACAAGUAAGGGAUAUUUUGUUGUGUACACUAAUGAUCAAAGGAGGUUUGUGCUCCCACUCAAGUUUCUCAACCAUGACGUUGUUCAAGAGUUAUUCAAACUAGCAGAAGAAGAGUUUGGAUUACCAAGCGACGGGCCUCUUACAUUACCUUGUGAUGCAAGCUUCAUGGAAUAUGUUAUUGCCUUGAUCCAACAUCACAUCUCUAAAGAUGUCCAGAAGGCACUGCUCAUGUCCAUUUCUAGCAGAUGCUCAUCAUCCUUGUAUCUCCAGCAAGAAAUAAUAAACCAACAAGAGAUAUACAACUUCUGAAGCUAAUAUAUUUCAGUUUUGUAACCUUACCAGAUUAUAGUGAUAUAGA